CAGGUCGAACAGUACUAUCAGAGAGCUUUGGAAAUUUACACCACUAAGCUGGGACCAGACGAUCCUAACGUGGCAAAGACGAAAAAUAACUUGGUAUGAACUGUUAAAAAGUUACGAAGCAAUUUCAUUUGCCUUUUGAAUUCCACGUUGAAUGUACCCUCUCUAUUCCAACAGGCUUCUGCUUACUUAAAGCAAGGAAAAUACAAGGCUGCUGAAACACUUUACAAACAGGUACUUAGUGAUAACGAUAACGGUUAAAAUUAUGUUUGUUUGUUUUUUUCUUGUGUUAAUUGAUCGUUUGUCUAAUUUUCUUUCUCAGGUUCUCACUCGGGCUCAUGAGCGCGAGUUUGGGCCUGGUACCGAAUCAUCCCUGGAGGACGACGGAAAGCGCGGGAAAGACAACGCGCCUUAUGGCGAGUAUGGUGGCUGGCACAAGGCGGCAAAAGUUGACAGUCCUACUGUCACCACUACUCUUAGGAAUCUUGGCGCCUUAUACCGCAGGCAGGGCAAGUUUGAAGCAGCAGAGACACUAGAGGAGUGUGCACUGAGGUCCCGACAGAACGUAUGUAACGUGAGUCUUACAAAGGUUUUUAAUACAAUAAACUUCUUAGCAGUCCUUCAGGAUUCUCGUGUGGGCGCCGGAGCAAGUGACGCGUGA